AUGGCAAUCGAACUGAGGUAUGAGAGUGAAGCGUCUCCUUCUGCCUCAGAAUAUGGAGCGUCCCUCUUCAGCAUUGAUUCCAUUGGGAAGAGACCUGCAUAUUCUGGCUUUACAACCCCUGGAUCUACCAGGGAUGUGAACCAGCAAGCCGACAUAACGUCAAAUCUGGCUGCAAAAAACUUGGCUCUGUUGUCUUUUGGGCCCUAUUUUGACGCAAAUCUCUUUGGAUUGAACCAUCGAUGUCACCAUGAUAUCCUUCCGGAUAAGUUUCAUACUUGUUCGCAUCCAUACCACUCGUCAUACAAUGAAGGCAACCUCCCUCUCCUUCUCUUUAGACUGGAGGCCCCAAAAGAAAGCCAGUCAGAGCCGAUCGGAUACUUGGUGGAGAAUGGCAAAGUUGUUUUGGAUUACCAAGGUAAUCCUGUGCGAAACUUCCCCUUUCUACCGCGAUACAUCUCCGUUAAACCGUCCGGGUGGCUCGUCGAGUUUUGGAUGCGAUCGGACACCCGUCUCACUUACCGAGACAUCAAAGCGAGAAUGACGGCCGAGAAUGAAGAGCUUCCUUCAGAUAACGUUUUGAACAUGAGGCGUGAACGUGAUGCUCGCAAGCCGCUAGGUUUGUCUUGCUGGACAGCUCGUCGUGGGGGCAUUACCAAGGCCGAACUCGAGCGUGUUGAGCGGUUAUCGUCAGAAAACGUCAAGUAUAACACCUCUCUAAAAGUGCGUUUCGACCUCCAACCUGCGGCACUUGAAUCAAGGUCCUUCGACCCAAAUGCGAUGCCACAGUAUUAUCCGUUGGACAUCUUCUUGGACCACCCUAAUGACCUUCAUAAUGCGGGUCAUCGUUUGGAAGAUAGCAUCGAGCUCCUAUUUAGAUUGCAAGUCUUAGCGUCAGAUCUUGGUCUGAACGAUUGGAAAGACCUACCAGAAAAUGAAUUGCCCCAGUGGUGGCCCAAAGCGAAGGGCAAGGCCAAUGCAGACCUGACAAGUGUAAAUCAGGGCCAACUGUCUUCCGCGUCUGGGUCAGUCCUUUCUACACCCAGAUCAGUAUCCAAGCGACGCAUGAGCUGGAAGACGCCCCCGAAAUCCGGAUUGUCAGUUGCUUUCACCGCUGAGAACCCCGAAUGCCCAACGCAGUCCGCAAGCCCUUUUGUGAACGCCAUUUCUCCAUCGGCCGACUUCUUCACUGGCGAUACCGUGGGAGCGACCGGUUAUACAGAUCAAUUCGACACCAUUGCUCAUCGUACGGACAUAGACAAUGCACUGGCUGCCAACUAUUCCGAACUCGGUAUGCAUCAACCUCUGCAAGGACUUGGGGUCCAUCAGCUGUGGACGUCUCCGAUCAGCGGGCUGAACGGCCAAAACGUCGAAAUAGCCACGGAAUAUAAUGAGUCCACUGUCGUAUCCAGACAAGCCAAAUUUUUCCCUGCACCUUUUCAAGGCUGCCUGGACGACUAUCAUCUCUUCGAUGGACCAUACAUCCCUGGCUAUUCGACCCCGUACAACCAAGCUGCUUCCACUGAGCAUCUCGCCAAUAUCACGAUGCAAAUCGACCAGCGCUGUCGGGCCUCGAACUAUCCCCAGGGCAUCAACAGAUUUAGCCCUUCACCUUCGCGACUUCGGGCCCCCUCAAGCCUCUCCAUUCGCCGCAACCAUGCUCACAAGGUGAACACGAGCACUGGCGAGAUCAUGACUCGCAACUAUCCGUUCCCAUGGAGAGGACACCAGCGAAACAUGUCUUCACAGCGCUCCUUCGAAAACUUCCUUAGGGAUAACCUUCCCUACUAG